AGAUUUCCCUACCGCGUCACCCCACAACCCUACAAAACCGCUGAACCACGGCAGAGCCACGUUACACUCCCCCGUCUUUAUAACCGCGAGAGCACCCGCUUCCCCUCGCGGUGCCGCAGGGUCCCCACCACCGCGGACCAGCUGCCCCCUUCCCCUCAAGGCCCACAGGAGGGCUCCACGCCACGCCCUCCCUCAGCUACCGGGCCCCUCCGCCCCACCUCGCGUCGCGCGGGAACGCAGCGCGGUCCCUCCCUCUUUCCCUAGGCGACGUCGGCCGGGCGCGUGCUGCGCGAGGCAGCCUCGCGCCGAGUCCGCCAUUUCGUGUGGGGGGUGGCGCCAUGUCGCGGGGAUCCGCCGCGUCGUGGGGCGCUCGCGUGGCGGCGGGGUGCGACGAGGACUGCGACAGUGACGACGAUGACUGCUGGGAUAUCGGCGUCCCGGGGGAUGAGUCGCAGUUGGAUCAAAUGUUGGAGUUAGACAAGAAGGAUGCAUUCAAGAAAGCUCUGGUUCAUGGUGAUGUGUCCUUGAUUGAAGAACUCUUAAACUCAGGUAUAAGCAUAGAAUCUAGCUUUCAGUUUGGAUGGACUCCCCUGAUGUGUGCUGCCAGCACAGCUGAUUUUGCAGUGGUACGUCUUCUUCUGGACAGAGGUGCCAAUGCAUGCUUUGAAAUAGAUAAGUACACAGUGCUGAUGGCAGCGUGUGCUGCUCAUGCUUCAGAGGAAAACAUCUUGAAGACUGUAGAACUACUACUGUCAAGGAAUGUCGACCCUAACCUUACUUGCAGGAGACAAAUGACUCCAUUGAUGUAUGCGGCUAGAAAAGGCUAUUCUCGUGUUGUUGGUCUUCUUGUUGCUCAUGGAUCACACAUAAAUGCCCAAGAUGAAAAUGGAUAUUCAGCAUUAAUAUGGGCAGCACACCAUGGACAUAAAAAUGUCAUUUUUACGUUGUUGGAGCUUGGAGCUGACAAAAACCUACAGACUAAGGAUGAGAAGACAGCGGCAGAGCUAGCAAAAAUCAAUAAACAUUCAGAGAUUUAUAGUUUACUCUCUUUGGCUGUAAAUCACUCGCAAGGGAAAUACCAUGAAACGAUUAAGCAAGAGGCUAUCUACAAAUUUCUGACAGCUGUCCCUGACCACAGAGUUGGUUACUAUUCAACUUUUGAUGACAUGGAAGUAUUUUUACAUGGUCUUGGUCUAGAACACCUAAUAGGAUUAUUGAAGAAAACCCUUUGCCUUAUACAGGAAAGAGAUGUAUAUUUAAGGCAACUUCUGAUCAUGCAAAAAGAAGAGUUAAUACAGAUUGGCGUUACAAAUCCUGUAGAUCAACAGAGACUCCUAGAUGCUAUUAAUGAGCUACAAGUGGAAGAAAUAAGAAUUGGAGAUCUCCCUGAAGUAGUGAAGAUGGAAUUCAGUGGAGAUGAAUGCCUCAAGUUCCUUCAGAAGUUGAAUAAAGAGUGUAGCAAGCUGACUGUUCCUGUGCAGACCAUAAAUAAUCAUUUUCUCAAAAAUUCUCACAAGAUAGUACUGCAGUGGGCGCCAACUGAAAGGUAUAUUGAAGUCUGCAGAGACAUGGUUUACAAUGUUGAAAGGUUGGGAGAAGAAGUUGCCAGACUGAAGGACCUCGUGGAGAAGCAUGAACAGAAGAAUGACCCCAGUCGAGUGGUAUUCCCAGAAAAAGCACCCACCUUGGAAAAAAGAUUAGUAAAAAUGGGAGCAUUAACAUUGUUCGGGUUUGGUUUUUUCUUCUUUAUAACUAAGUUAAUGGCAAAGAAAGGCUGACUCUUGUUUAGUGCUUUGAAUACUUUUGGAAAACUUUGUCACAUUAUAUUUAAAUUCAGUAUAUGUAACUGAGCUGAACUCGUGAAAAUUACUGUAGUUUCUCAUUGUAUCCAUAAUAUUUGCACCCAGUAAGUACUUCUGGUCUAGAAUCAAAAAUAAGAUCUGCUUACUUAAAGGUGUCUUAAGAUUUUGUUUCUGGUACAGACAGUAGGUACAAAAUCUCAUCAAAGCUGCUUUUUUGCCACAAGGUUGUUACUAUUACUUACUGAUUACUAGUUUUCGCCUGUUGUUCAGCUGCUGUAAUAGCUGCUGCCUGUUGUUCACAAAGGAAAAACAGAAGCAAAUAAUACUGUAUCGUUUAUGUUGCGUGCUUAUAUUUAAAAUGAUCAAGCAGGUGUGUUUUGCCUUUUUAAUAUUAAGUAUCAUGAUUGUUACGUUGAGAAAGAUCUUUUGCAGUAUAGAUUCAUACGAAAAACUUCCUGGUGAGGUGUUUUUGUUGUUUUGUUCUGUAACAGCCACAGGACUGCAGAUAUCUUCUUACACGUAGUCUGAAAAGUAAUUUCCAACUGAACUGUGCUAUUCAAUUUAUGCCUGAGAUCUGUUUCCUCAGGCAUAAUUACUUCUAUUAACAGUUUCAUCCCAAAAAGGAUUAUAAGGAUGCUAAAAGGAUUAUAGCAAUCCUUAGCUAUGAGAAUGCAGGCAACUUAGGAGUAUCAGCAUGUUUCUUCUUGAUCUGAUGAGCUUUCAUUACACAGCUUUGUGUUGAGUGAUUCUCUCUUGAGGUUUUCUCCAUUUAAAGAGUUGUUUGUAGUUCUGCAGCAAAAUAUUAGUAUCUGGUUACCACACUAGCUAUGUUGCAAAAAAGGGAAUUGGUGUAAGUCAUCUAAAUCACAGUUACGUCUUUGUAGACUUCAAUAAAAACAUGUAAAAGUGCUGAAAGUUUGUGAAGGGACAUUCUUCUAUUAAAUCAGAAGCUGUCUGAAAAACCAGUAGUCUCAAUGGGGGCAUCAUACUUCAGCACUCUUUUCAGGGGUGUGUGCAGUCUUAAUCUUGGAUGCUUCCUCCAGAGACUAGUAAUGAGAAGAUAAAAAAGACCGAUUGGUACUCCAGGCUGUUACUGUUGCUGUCACAGUUGUUUUCUGCUUUUUGUUUUAGAAAAUUACCUCGAGUGUUAGUAUGUUUGCUUGUUAUUGCAGUUGUUUUACCUCCUUUCCUCCCAGCUUUCUCAUUCAGUGCAAGGAACAUCCUACAGAGUGAUGAAGCUAGAAGCAAAUACAACUCUUUUUUUCCAUUCUGUUCCCAACUUUGGAUCAGAGAGGGUAAGUCAUAUUCACCACCACCACCAUCUACCAGCAGAAGUGUAGAAGUACAUACAGUGUCAGCAUCCUGACUUGAAACAGCAUAGAAAAGGAAAUACUUUUAAAAAUAGUUGUUUCUUUGUAUUACCUUGUAAUUAGUUCAGAACUAACAAGACACAUCACAAAAGGAGAAAAUACAUGAAAAUGGAAAAUACAAAAAUCUAUAAAGUGCAGUUUUAACUGUUUGUCACACACAAUGUUAUAUAUACAGAACUCCUCUAAUUACCUCUAAAUACAGUUCAGAAAUACUCAGAUGCAGUUGUCCAGUGAUGAGAUAGCUGGCAAAUAUUAGAAGUGUGAUGCAAAACAUCUUUUUGUUCUUGUUUUUUCCAGUUGGGAGGAUGUUGUUGUUCAUACCUAUUGUAAAAUACCUAUGAGGGGAAAUAAAAGUAUGAUACUUGCUGAUAAAUGGUUUCUAGUUUGAGAGGUACGGUAAAAUAUUCUUGACAGAAAUGAGUCAAAGGUUUGAACAUUGUACUAAACUAACUUUAUAUAGAUAAAGUCAUCAGAAAGGUGAUACCUCAAAUUCCAAAUGUCUUCAUUUUACUACACUUUGA